AUGACGGUACCCUCAACAUCUCUUGAGAACCAUAAUCAUGGCCCUUCAAAGACACUAACACGCUCUUUUCGAGAUGUGGCUGCACAAGCCUUACCACCUCCAGCAUACCGAAAUAAUCCCAAUUCGAAAUCUCGAAUUACCAUCUCCCUUGGGAACUCCACCUUCAAACCCAUUACUGACCUUAAAGAUCAAAAACCAGCUAUUCAUCGUAACAGUAGUUAUAAACAUGCCGUCUUUUACUUUGUUGAAAACGAAUCUUUAAACUUAAUACCUGAAUUUCAAAAAGCACGUAAUGUGCGUUUUCCUUUUCGUACCUGUCUCGCUGUUGACGAUGCCGUUAACACUCCUAUUCUUAUUGGGCACGACAGAAAUUUCUAUGCCACUCCUGCCUUCCCUCAGGAUAACAUCAUUUUGAAGGUCCACCUUUCAAAAUUACCUUUAUUGCCAGUAGCCGACCUACACACCACUCUGGUCAAUCAUUUCUCUCGAUUCGGUAACGUGAGAGACGUAACAGUUUACCUAGACGACGAAUCCAAGACAUCUUUUUGUGGGAAUGGGGCUAUCUUUUUAGAUAGAUCAAUUCACCCAACUAACCCUAAAGCCUGGGCUAAACGGACUUACAAAAUUGAUCUGGUACGUAACGAAGAACAACCUUUUGUCCCAAGAAUUAAUAAGCUUUUAAUUAAUGCUGUACCGUCAGUCAAUGUGGACGAUAAUGUUACCACACACAGUACCACCGCAGUCAACCCAGCCAACGAGGAUGUACCAGUGCUUCAACCAUCCAACUAUUUUACGGUAUUAUCAACUAAUGAAUCCAUGAUGGAUGUUUCUGAAGAUGAUAAUAAUCGGUUAACAGAUGCCGAAGAACCACCACUUAUUUCAAACGAUUUUCCAGUCAUCGUUGAAGAAAGAUCGGCCGCCAAUACCAGUGUCCCCAAGACUACCCCAACCACAGUUACUAAUUCUGCCACAACUCACCAGCGAAUCUCUCCUCGUGCUAACAAACGUGUCGCUGCUGUCAAAUAUGACCCUUCCUCCUCUUCACCGAUAUCUUCCAUUCGGAAGACGUCUGCCUGA